AUGUCCGCGACGACGUCCGCGCCCGCGCGCGCCCGGGUCUCGGGACGCGCCCGUGGACUCGGGCGAUGGCGGCGUCGACGCGCGACGGCGACGACGGCGACGGCGACGGCGACGGGCGUCGACGGGCGCGUCGACGACGCCCUCGAUUGGGCGCACACGACGGUGAUGAAGUUCGGUGGGAGCUCGCUCGCGGACGCGGCGCGCGUGCGCGAGGUCGGGGCGAUCGUGCGGUCGUUCCCGGAGGAGACGCCCGUGGUCGUGCUGAGCGCGAUGGGGAAGACGACGAAUGAUCUCUUGCGCGCGGGUGAGCUCGCGCUGCGGUGUGAUGGGGAUCACGAGACGAUCGAGACGAUGGAACCGCUCGUGGCGGUGCGGCGAUUGCACGAGGAGACGAUGGCGGCGUUGGGGACGGACGCGGCGACGGCGGAGGAGGUGCGACGGCUGUUGAAAAAGCUGGAGCAGGUGUGCGUCGGGGUGUCGCUGAUGCAGGAGUGCACGUCGAGGACGCGGGCGCUUCUGGUGAGUUUUGGGGAGCGGAUGUCGACGAGGAUCUUUGCGUCGUAUUUGAGAUCUCUGGGCACGGCGGCGGAGCAGGUUGAUUCCAUCGACGAUAUGUUCGUCACGGAUGACGUGUACGAAAACGGCGCCGUUUUGGACGAGACGUACGAGAAGAUACAGGCGCGAUUGGCGCCGCGUCCGGGACAAGGACCGGCCGUUCGCGUCGUCACCGGUUUUCUCGGUCGGGGGAUCAAGACGGGGGCGGUGUGCACGCUCGGUAGAGGCGGGAGCGAUCUCACCGCGACUGUCAUCGGCAAGGCGCUGGGGCUCGAGGAGGUGCAGGUGUGGAAAGACGUCGACGGCGUGCUCUCCGCGGAUCCGCGAGAGGUGAGUAACACGGUUCCGAUGCCGUUUUUAAGUUUCCAGGAGGCGACGGAGCUCGCGUACUUUGGCGCGCAGGUGCUCCAUCCGCACUCCAUGCGCCCGGCGAUGGAUUCGGGCAAGCUCGCCGUACGCGUCAAGAACUCUUAUAAUAUUCGAGCGCCGGGCACGGUCAUCGGUCACAAGCGCGCCGAAGACCUCCACAAGGAUUGGCUGUUGACGUCCAUCGUCCGCAAGAAGAACGUUACGAUGCUCGACAUCACGUCGACGCGUAUGCUCGGUCAGUACGGUUUCCUCGCCAAGGUUUUCAACAUCAUGGCCACCAACGGCAUCUCCGUCGAUGUCGUCGCCACGUCCGAGGUGAGCGUCUCGCUCACGCUCGACCCGUCCAAGCUCUGGGAGCGCGACUUGGCUAAGGAGGAGCUCGAAAAGCUCAAGCUCGACUUUGAAAACGACGGCAUUGCGAACGUCGCCGUGAGCAGCGGGCACUCCAUCAUUUCACUCAUCGGCAACGUCGAGCGCAACAACGAAAUCAUGGAGCGAGCGUUCAGAGCGCUCGGCUCGAAGGACAUCAAGGUGAAGAUGGUCUCCCAGGGCGCAUCGAAGACGAACAUUUCUUUGUUAGUUAACGACUCUCAAGGCGCCGACGCCGCGCGCGCUAUUCACGCUGAAUUCUUCGAGUGA